UCAGAUUGUUAACUUAACAUUUCAUGAUUUUGACGUCGAGAGUCACCCAGAUUGUGAAUUUGACAACGUUAGUCUUAUGGAUUCCUAUGGAACGAUUGAACCAUCAUUAUGUGGUUAUGGGAUACCGUCUAAUAUCAAAUCUAGAGAUAAGUGGAUGCUUGUGGAGUUGCACACUGAUGGAGAGUUAGCGAGACCAGGGUUUUAUGCAUCAUUUGAGGCUAUUGACAAAAUAGAAAAUGAUACAUUUUCCAUGACUACCGUUGCUCAAGCAAGCACACUGAGUACCGAAUGUGGCCAUCCUGUAUAUUUGAAUGAAAGUUCUGGUGAUUUCGCCUCGCCAGGGUACACGGCUGAUUCAAACAGUACAUAUCCGCAUUCAACUGUCUGUGAAUGGGAAAUAUAUGUUAAUGAAGGAAUGGUCAUCGAAUUAACGUUCAAUGUGUUUGAAUUAGAAG